AUGACAGCUGGAACUGUUGUUAUAACCGGGGGAAUUCUUGCAACGGUGAUACUCCUCUGUAUCAUUGUAGUACUCUGUUACUGUCGACUUCAGUAUUACUGCUGUACGAAGAAUGGAUCGGAUACAGACAAUGUAUGCCCUCGACCCCAGUUUGCCUGCAACACUUGCAGCACACUCAGGGUGGACGGGGGUGGGUCGACCACGGCCUCCCUGUCACCUGAACCCACCCCGCCACAGAGCUUCUGCCCUGCCUGCUCCCCCUACAAAUCCCCCUUUUAUAUUCGCACCAUGGAUGAAACAUGCAGUGGAGGGGAAAGGAUCACCUAUAUGCCUGCCCACUAUGACAGCCCCUCAUUUUCUCUCACUCUUCCAUCUAUUCCCUGCAGUGCAACUUUGAGCAACCGAAUCCGACCGGAAAUCUGUUUUAACAUGCGUGGCAUCAGUACUGAUGUUUGA